AAUCUGGGUCUCAAGUUUCAUAUUCAUAAUUUCAUAUCAUAUAUAACAUGGAUAAAAAGCCCUGCAUUGCAAUGGUUCCUUCCCCUGGAUUGAGCCAUUUGAUCCCACUAGCUGAGUUUGCAAAGAGGCUAGUUCUUCAACACCAUGAAUUCCAUGUCACAUUACUCAUUCCCACACUUGAUUCUCCCACUCCUUCCAUGAAAUCAUUACUAGAGUCUCUACCACAAAACAUAGACUUCACUAUUCUUCCCCAAGUGAAAAUUGAAGACCUUCCCCAGAAUGUUUCACCAGCAACAAACAUGAAACUCAUUGUGAAACACUCUCUUCCAUUGCUACAUGAAGCAUUAAGCUCAUUAAAUUCCCACACUCACCUAGUUGCUUUACUGUUCAGCAUAUUUUCAACCGAUGCACUUGAACUUGCUAAGCAAUUCAACCUCUUGUCUUAUGUUUUCUUUUCCUCAGGAGCUACAACACUCUCAUUCAAUCUCACUCUUCCCAAGCUUGAUGAGACUGUUUUUUCCACCGAGUCCUUGGACUUAGCAAAAACUGUGAAUGUUCCGGGUUGUGUUAUACCCUUCAAGAUCAAAGAUCUUCCAGAUCCAGUUCUUAAUGAAAGAUCAAGUCAAACAUAUAGAUCAUAUCUUGAUGUGUGUCAAGCACUCUUGUUGGUUGAUGGUAUCAUAGUGAAUAGCUUCACAGAUUUGGAAGCAGAGGUUAUAAGAGCUAUGCAAGAGAAAGAAGCCAAUAGUGAUGGUCCUUGUGUAUAUCCUAUUGGACCCAUCAUUCAAAAUGAGUCAAGUAAUAAGGUAAAUGAGUCAGUGUGUUUAAGAUGGUUGGACAAUCAACCACCAAAUUCUGUUUUGUAUGUGGCUUUUGGGAGUGGUGGAACACUCCCUCAUGACCAAUUCAAUGAGAUAGCCUAUGGAUUAGAACUUAGUGGCCACAAGUUUUUGUGGGUUGUGAGAGCUCCAAAUGAAUCAGCUAGUUCUGCUUAUUUUAGAGGACAAAAGGAGAACCCACUACAUUAUUUACCACAAGGUUUUUUGGACAGAACCAAAGGUCAAGGCUUAGUGGUUCCAUCAUGGGCACCACAAAUUGAAGUCCUUGGUCAUGGUUCCACUGGUGGAUUCUUGAGUCAUUGUGGUUGGAGCUCAACUCUUGAGAGUGUGGUUCAUGGGGUGCCCAUGAUUGCUUGGCCACUGUUUGCUGAGCAAAGAAUGAAUGCUGUAUUGCUCACAGAUGUGCUCAAAGUGGCUGUGAGGCCAAAGGUUGAUGAAAGUGGCAUAGUAAAAGGAGAGGAAAUUGCCAAUGUUAUUAAGAGAGUCAUGGAAGGACAUGAAAGCUUGGAAAUGAAUAAAAGAAUCAAAGAAUUGAGUGAUGGUGCUGCUGCUGCUCUUAGUGAACAUGGUUCCUCUAAUUUGGCACUCUCUAGUCUAGCAAUGAAAUGGCAAAAUGUUUGAGUGGCAUCUAGCUAGAAAUAAUUAAUAAUGUAUUCUAGUGUCUUUAAGUAUCUUUUUAUACCCAUCUUUUAUAUCUUUUUCUUCUCUUUGGAAAAU